CUUUUCACUGUGACGCAGAUAUUUUCUCCGUGUGAAGCUUGGCUGAAGCUCCAAAGUCUCUGUGACUGGAUGUGAACUGAGCAGCUGAACAUCUUCCAUGUUGUAGUGAGUGAGUGCAGCUCUCCCAGCAGCUGUUUCUCUGCUAUGGAUCAGUGUGAGGACAGAGAGGAGGGAGUCCCUCCCUCUAAAAGCUCUCUGUGUGGGGAACAUGACAGCCAGACCAAAGCUCAGAGGAUGCAGCAGCAGAGAGCAGACUCUCCUGAACCCAGCUGUGUGUCCAUGAAGACUGACGACUCUAUGGAUCAACCUCCUGUUAAGUUUAAAGAUGGACAACCUGCUGAUGGAAGAAUCAGGAUGCAGCAGCAGAGAGCAGACUCUCCUGAACCCAGCUGUGUGUCCAUGAAGAGUGACGACUCUAUGGAGCUUCCUAUUAGGUUUAAAGAUGUACAACCUGCUGAUGGAAGUUUUAUUAGUAUCAGGAUGCAGCAGCAGAGAGCAGACUCUCCUGAACCCAGCUGUGUGUCCAUCAAGAGUGACUGGUCUAUGGGUAAUCCUAUUAAGUUUAAAGAUGGACAACCUGCUGAUGGAAGGAUGCAGCAGCAGAGAGCAGACUCUCCUGAACCCAGCUGUGUGUCCAUGAAGAGUGACUGUUCUAUGGGUCAUCUUACUGAGUUUAAAGAUGGACAACCUGCUGAUGGAAGGAUGCAGCAGCAGAGAGCAGACUCUCCUGAACCCAGCUGUGUGUCCAUGAAGAGUGACUGUUCUAUGGGUCAUCUUACUGAGUUUAAAGAUGGACAACCUGCUGAUGGAAGGAUGCAGCAGCAGAGAGCAGACUCUCCUGAACCCAGCUGUGUGUCCAUGAAGAGUGACUGUUCUAUGGGUCAUCUUACUGAGUUUAAAGAUGGACAACCUGCUGAUGGAAGGAUGCAGCAGCAGAGAGCAGACUCUCCUGAACCCAGCUGUGUGUCCAUGAAGAGUGACUGUUCUAUGGGUCAUCUUACUGAGUUUAAAGAUGGACAACCUGCUGAUGGAAGGAUGCAGCAGCAGAGAGCAGACUCUCCUGAACCCAGCUGUGUGUCCAUGAAGAGUGACUGUUCUAUGGGUCAUCUUACUGAGUUUAAAGAUGGACAACCUGCUGAUGGAAGAGUUCAGCAGCAGAGCUCAGAGGUUCCCAGUGAUCAGUCUGCACAGCAGCAUCAAACACAGCUGGACUCCAUAUUUAUGCUGUGUGUUCAUUCAGGAACUCCUGCUGCAAAGUGUCAACGUAAACUUAAGUCUAACCUGGAGAAGAAGUUCCAGUGUGUGUUUGAGGGGAUCGCUAAAGCAGGAAACCCAACCCUUCUGAAUCAGAUCUACACACCGCUCUACAUCACAGAGGGAGGGACUGCAGAGGUCAAUGAUGAACAUGAGAUCAGACAGAUUGAAACAGCAUCCAGGAAACCAGACAGACCAGAAACAACAAUCAGACAAGAAGACAUCUUUAAAGCCUCACCUGGAAGAGAUGAACCAAUCAGAACAGUGAUGACAAAGGGAGUGGCUGGCAUUGGGAAAACAGUCUUAACACAGAAGUUCACUCUGGACUGGGCUGAAGACAAAUCCAACCAGGACAUACACUUCACAUUUCCAUUCACUUUCAGGGAGCUGAAUGUGCUGAAAGAGAAAAAGUACAGCUUGGUGGAACUUGUUCAUCACUUCUUUACUGAAACCAAAGAAGCAGGAAUCUGCAGGUUUGAAGAGUUCCAGGUUGUGUUCAUCUUUGACGGUCUGGAUGAGUGUCGACUUCCUCUGGACUUCCACAACACUGAGAUCCUGACUGAUGUUACAGAGUCCACCUCAGUGGAUGUGCUGCUGACAAACCUCAUCAGGGGGAAACUGCUUCCCUCUGCUCGCCUCUGGAUAACCACACGACCUGCAGCAGCCAAUCAGAUCCCUCCUGAGUGUGUCGGCAUGGUGACAGAGGUCAGAGGGUUCACUGACCCACAGAAGGAGGAGUACUUCAGGAAGAGAUUCAGAGAUGAGGAGCAGGCCAGCACCAUCAUCUCCCACAUCAAGACAUCACGAAGCCUCCACAUCAUGUGCCACAUCCCAGUCUUCUGCUGGAUCACUGCUACAGUUCUGGAGGAUGUGUUGAAAAGCAGAGAGGGAGGAGAUCUGCCCAAGACCCUGACUGAGAUGUACAUCCACUUCCUGGUGCUUCAGGCCAAACUGAAGACGGUCAAGUAUGAUGGAGGAGCUGAGACAGAUCCACACUGGAGUCCAGAGAGCAGGAAGAUGAUUGAGUCUCUGGGAAAACUGGCUUUUGAGCAGCUGCAGAAAGGCAACCUGAUCGUCUAUGAAUCAGACCUGACAGAGUGUGGCAUCGUUAUCAGAGCAGCCUCAGUGUGCUCAGGAGUGUUCACAGAGGAGAGAGGGCAGUACCAGGACACGGUGUUCUGCUUCGUCCAUCUGAGCGUUCAGGAGUUUCUGGCUGCUCUUCAUGUCCAUCUGACAUUCAUCAAGUAUGGAGUCAAUCUGCUGGAAGAAGAACAAACAACAUCACACUGGUCUGAAUUGUUCGGAGACAAAACAACACGUUUCUACCAGAGUGCUGUGUACGAGGCCUUAAAGAGUCCAAAUGGACACCUGGACUUGUUCCUCCGCUUCUUCCUGGGUCUUUCACUGCAGACCAAUCAGACUCUCCUACGAGGUCUGCUGACACAGACAGGAAGUAGCUCACAGACCAACCAGAAAACAGUCGAGUACAUCAAGAGGAAGAUCAGUGAGAGUCUGUCUGCAGAGAGAAGCAUCAAUCUGUUCCACUGUCUGAAUGAACUGAAUGAUCGUUCUCUAGUGGAGGAGAUCCAACAGUCCCUGAGAUCAGGAAGUCUCUCCACGGAUAAACUGUCUCCUGCACAGUGGUCAGCUCUGGUCUUCAUCUUACUGUCAUCAGAAAAAGAUCUGGACGUGUUUGACCUGAAGAAAUACUCUGCUUCAGAGGAGGCUCUACUGAGGCUGCUGCCAGUGGUCAAAGCCUCCAACAAAGCUCUGCUGAGUGACUGUAACCUCUCAGAGAGAAGCUGUGCAGCUCUGUCCUCAGUUCUCAGCUCCAACUCCUCCCAUCUGAGAGAUCUGGACCUGAGUAACAACAACCUGCAGGAUUCAGGAGUGAAGCAGCUUUCUGCUGGACUGGAGAGUCCACACUGUACACUGGAAACUCUCAGUCUGUCAGGAUGUCUGAUCACAGAGGAAGGCUGUGCUUCUCUGGCCUCAGCUCUGAGCUCCAACCCCUCCCAUCUGAGAGAGCUGGACCUGAGCUACAAUCAUCCAGGAGACUCAGGAGAGAAGCUUCUGUCUGCUGGACUGGAGGAUCCACACUGGAGACUGGACACUCUCAGGAUGGACCAUGGUGGACUGCAGAGACUGAAACCUGGUGUGAGGAAGUAUGCCUGUGAACUGGAACUGGAUCCAAACACAAUGGACAGAAAACUCACACUGUCUGAUAACAACAGGAAGGUGACACGUGUGUAUGAGGAUCAGUCAUAUCCUGAUCAUCCAGACAGAUUUGACUCCUGUCUUCAGCUGCUGAGUAGAAAUGAUCUGACUGGUCGCUGUUACUGGGAGGUCGAGUGGAGAGGAAGAGUUUAUAUAUCAGUGAGUUACAGAGGAAUCAGCAGGAAAGUAGGCAGUACUGACUGUUGGUUUGGAUGGAAUGAUCAGUCCUGGAGUCUGGACUGCUCUUAUGUUCAUGGUUACUCUGUCUGGCACAAUAACAACUAUACACCCAUCUCCUCCUCCUCCUCCUCCUCCUCCUCCUCCUCCUCCUCCUCUGUCUCUAACAGAGUAGCAGUGUAUGUGGACUGUCCUGCUGGCACUCUGUCCUUCUACAGAGUCUCCUCUGACACACUGAUCCACCUCCACACCUCCAACACCACAUUCACUGAACCUCUGUGUGCUGGGUUUGGGGUCUGGUGGACCAGUUCUGGUUCUGAUUCCUCAAUGUCUCUGUGUCCUCUGUAG